GAGAAGAGAGCGCGCACAGUUAUUGAUGAGGAUGGUUUCACAGUGCCCACAAUGCCGGCAAUCGCACCCAAAAAGAAACCAAUCAAACAGGAGCGUUGUUCUACCGAUAGAGCGGUCAAAAAGCCGGCAGAAAUCGACUCUGAAGCCGCUUCGAUCCCAUCGUCUUCGCGGAAUGGUACCGAUGGAUCAGGAGUGGCUGGUCGCUCAGCCGUAGCUAAAAGCGGCUCAUCUGAAGGCAAUACGACUGCAGGAGCGGCAGCCGAGAAGACAGUGUUCAUUUCGAAUCUUGACUUUAAACUACCGAAGGAACGAAUCAUGGAAGUGUUUCCAAAUGCGAAAGAAGUGCGCUUCAUUCACAGAGGAAUGAGUAAACUGCAUAAGGGUUUUGGCUAUGUGGACUUUGAGACGGUCGAAGAGGCAUGUGCGGCGUUAAGCAAGGAUCGUCACUUGAUCGAUGGUCGACCGAUGUAUGUAUCGGAAAAUAGACCGCACGAGCACCGAGGUGAACACAGUGAAUUUCGGUAUGCGACAAAUUUGGAGAAGAAUAAAAUUUUUGUGGGAAACGUACACUACGAUGCAACUGAAGAGCAACUGAAGGAAGUAUUUACCGCUUAUGGUGUGAUCCGUGAUGUUCGUAUUGUAACACACAAAUCUGGUAGAUCAAAAGGGUUUGCGUAUAUUGAGUUCGAAGAUGAGGCGUCUGCAAGUGCAGCUGUGAAAGCGGCCACUGAGGAAAUCGUGUUGUUGGGUAAAAAUUUUGCGUUACUUUUAAGAUUGGGUGAGUCACGCUUGCACUUAGAACGUAAACUCAGCGUGGCACUGAGUAAUCCGCCCAAGAAAAAAGAUCCAAUAGCAGCAGCAGCAGCUCCAUCCAGGAUCGCGUCAUCUUCAGUGAGUCAUCAGCGGAAUAAAAUCGACUUAUUGGUGCCACGGGCACUUGCAAGAUCGAAACCGGAGACGAAUUCGAGUAAAUCAACUGCUCAUCAAGGAAGUGAAGAGACGACGAAUAAAGGCGGAGUUGAGGAUCAGCAAAAGGAGAGUGGAAAACCAAUUGCAACGAAACUAUCAAAUGAUCAGUUUCGAUCAAUGUUUUCAAAAUAA